CGGCGGCUGCCAUUGCUGGGCUUGAGCGGCCGCCUCCUCCUCCUCCUCCUCCUUCUUCCUCCCCCCCCACCUCCGCCUCUUCCUGGCCGCGGCGAGGAGGAGAGCCGUGCUGGCAGCGGGGAGGCGGCGGCGGUGGUGGCAGCGGUUGCUGCCCCCAGCUCCCUGCCCGCCAUGGCCAUCCGCAAGAAGAGCAACAAGAACCCGCCGGUGCUGAGCCACGAGUUCAUCGUGCAGAACCACGCCGACAUCGUGUCCUGCAUGGCCAUGAUCUUCCUGCUGGGGCUCAUGUUCGAGAUUACAGCAAAAGCAGCAGUCAUUUUUGUUACACUUCAGUACAACGUUACCAUUCCUGCCACAGAAGAACAAUCUGCAGAAACAAUCUCCCUCUAUCACUAUGGCAUCAAAGACUUGGCUACAAUAUUCUUCUACAUGCUUGUAGCAAUAAUCAUACAUGCUAUAAUUCAGGAGUAUGUACUGGAUAAAAUUAACAGGAAAAUGCACUUUUCAAAAACAAAGCAUAGCAAGUUCAAUGAGUCCGGCCAACUCAGCGCCUUCUACCUUUUCUCCUGUGUUUGGGGAAUAAGCAUUCUGGUCUCUGAGAACUAUAUAUCAGAUCCAACCUCUCUGUGGAGGGACUAUCCGCACACUCUUAUUCCGUUUCAGAUGAAGUUUUUCUACAUCUUACAGUUGGCAUACUGGUUUCAUGCUUUUCCAGAAUUGUACUUCCAGAAAACUAAAAAAGAAGAUAUCUUUCGCCAGAUUGUCUACAUUGGCCUUUAUCUUUUCCAUAUUGCUGGAGCCUAUCUCCUCAAUCUGACCCAUCUUGGACUUGUUCUUCUGGUAUUGCAUUACUUCGUUGAAUUUCUUUUCCAUAUAUCCCGUCUUUUCUACUUCAGUGAUGAAAGAUACCAGAAAGGAUUUUCACUGUGGGCAGUUCUUUUUGUUUUGGGAAGGCUUCUCACCUUGAUUCUCUCAGUCCUCACUUUUGGCUUUGGAUUGGCAAGAGCAGAAGAUCAGCAGCUGAAUUUCAGUACUGGGAACUUUAAUAUCCUGGCUGUCAGAAUCAGCGUGCUGGCCUCCAUCUGCAUGACUCAAGCAUUUAUGAUGUGGAAGUUCAUUAAUUUCCAGCUUCGGAGGUGGAGAGAGCAUUCUUCUUCUCAGCCUCAGUCAGUGAAAAAGAAGUUCGUAACAGCUAAAGGAAAGACCUCCAGAAAAGAAAGAGAAAAUGGAAUAAAUGGAACAGUGACCUCAAAUGGAGCAGACUCGCCUCGUAGCAGGAAGGAUAAAUCCUCGUAAAACUGGGUUUCGUUAAGUUAAUUGACUAAUGUCCCCAAAGAAUCUGCUUUUUACAUGGAUGGCCCUUCAGCACUAGAGAUGUUAUGGAUUAAAGAAAAUGCAAUUCAUGUUUUUUGAUUAUUGCUGUUGUUUUGAGAAACUUUUUUUAAAAGCCAUUUUGACUAAGGAAAAAGGUUUAUCUGUCUUCAAAUAUUUGGGGGGGGGGGCGGGGAGGGACUUUUUAAAUAACAUUGACACUUUUUUAAACAUUUAUUGUGAUGAAAUAACUUCACUUAAUGAGGAUCACUGUUGCAAUGUAUUCUUUCCUUCCAGUUUUUGUAACCUUGGUGAUAUAUGUUGUUCUGCCAACUUCACUUUUUCCAAGUUCUUCAAGUAAUACUGCAAAAUUGAAGUAAAAAAAAAAAACAACCCAAAACCCUUAGUGUGCGUUUUCAGAUACUCUGGCUUUUCAGUUAAUUACCUUGGUUCAAAUUUACAGUUCAAAUUGGGAUUCUCAGACCACAUCAGUAAAGGUCUUUAUUUUUGUAGUUCUUAGCUACGCAAUGUCCGCUCUAAGAAUUGCCCCGUAUCAUUAAAACCAAGCUGAACUAAUUGGAAAUGUUGCAGAGUCUUCUUGUUUGUUGGUUAGAAAUCUCCUAGGAGGAACAAAAAACCCUUUUUUUUUUUUUUUUUUUUUUUUUGAAGAUAUAGGAUUUAGCACUUGAAAAUUAGAAGGGAGCGUGUGUGGUGAUAGAGAGCGUUGAUUUGAGUAGCGCUGUUAACUCCCGUCCGUGCUUUUUAAAGUGUAUGUUAUCUUGGAGAAUUAGUGUGUGUUGGACCUUCUUUGGAAAACUCGUCUGUCUAAUUAUUUUUAGAGGGUGGAGGUUCUUACAAUGUUGGUGUCGUGAUUGUUAAUAGGAGGCGUUUUAAUGCUCUGCCAAGAGGGAAUUUGUUAGAUAAACGGAUCGAGUUGAGAAACAUUCCUUUAUUCUGACUGCUUUGCUUUGUUUCACCUCUGUUAGGAAAUUAGUUUGAUUUCUCCUAUAUAUAUUUUUAUGGAAAAAAAAAAAAAUAUUUAAAAGCUACAACUUCUUAAAAAUGAUUUAUGGUGCCCUUUGCUACAACUGGAAAAAUCUUAAUUUAAGAUUUUUUUUUCCAUUAUCUGUCUUUCAUAAUUGUAUUAAAUGUGAAGCUUUGUCCAGUUAAUUUUCCAGUUUAAUAUGCAGUUAAUGUUUCCUCUGUACCCUUUUGUAACGGGUAUAAUUCAACCCAUUUCACUUGAGAGAAUGAGUUAGAGAUUUAAUUCCGUCUUAAGAAGAAGUUGCUUAAAUUAGUCUUUCAAGUUAAGCCAAGUAUUGGACUGCUUAUUGAUUGAGAGGAGUAAUUAUGAGCAAUCAAGCUGAUAAAUAAAAUAGUUUUAAUUAAAAAGCUGUUAUUAGAGUUGAUUUUUAUACCCAACAAAAAUAAUAAAUCUGCAUUCUGUAUCUUCUCCAGUUCGGUUGCUUGCUCUACAGAAUAAACGUUUCUAGUACAAAA